CUCGUUUCGAGCGCCAUGGCCUCUGCGCUGGGCGCGGCGAAGGCCGCACCCAGCCCGGAGACGUACAAAAGUCGCGCGCGGGAGGCGAUGAAAGCCGAUGUGGUGCACCCCAAAUUUCUGGACGAUGCACAUUGGGUCCAGCUUUGGCGGAAGCAUUUCGAAGCUAGUGCCCUCCUGGAUGGCGAGGUGCCGUUCGAGCGGCCGAUGGAUGAAACGUUCCAAGAUUCCAACCUGCGUGUGUUGCAGUGGAACCUGCUAGCAGAAGGCUUAGUCCCAGAGGGUUUUAUGAUGCCUUUGGUCUCCAGGAACCAUGUGGAUCGCUCCGAUCAAUUUCUUCAGAAACUCCUGGAGAGUGGUCGCCCCGAAGACCUGCGGACCGCGGCCAAGUUGUCGUCCCAGGGCUAUCGCAGCUACGUCUGGCGCGAAGGUGAAGAAGGAGAACAUGAAGUGAUGUGGGAAGAGUUCGCACGCAUGGCCUGCAACAUGGUCCUGGCCAUGAAGGGCCUGCCUCCUUCACAAAAGGAGGAGCGAGGCUUGGAUCUCAAGAAGAAGUACAACCCGGACCUCAGCGGUGAGCAGACUGGUCAGCUGACUGUGAAUGAGAAGGCAGUGGUUGGCCCUGAACACCGCGUACUUCGGGUAGUGUGGUUUGUGUCGCUGUUGAAGCCUGAUGUUAUAUGCUUCCAGGAGGUGGACAAUUUCAGCUUUUUGGCGUCCGAGCUGAAACAGCUGGGCUAUGCCUGCAGUAGCAGCAACGCCAAGGAGUACCAGCCGUUGAAGGACAGAGAGGGAAGCUAUAGAGCUUCACGAGGCGAGAGGCUGGUCCAAUCACAGUGGUCCUUCGCGCCAAAGAGUGGCUGGAAACGUGGCAAAUCCACGGCCCGUCACUUCCUGGAGAAACGAGUGAAAGACGGCGGCCACAAGGCGAAGUUUGAUGGCAAGGAGUGGCCCAUCGAUGAUGAUGGUCAAGCCAUCUUUUGGCGAGAGGAUCGCUUUGACAUCAUCGGGGACCCAGAAUUCCUGGUUCUGCCGGGCGACAAAGAUAUCGAUUCCUACCUUGAUGGGAACUCGGACGAGCCAGGAUGCAGCCAGAGCGACCAGGCCGCAGUGCGCGUCCUGUUGCAGUUCAAAGAUCUGGAUCACCGACUUCAUCGACAGCAAUUUUACGUGUGUACCACUCACUUGUCCAGCGGCACCGACAACGAGGUGCACCGCAUCCAACAGCUGCAUCACUUGGGCCGGCGCUGGGCGCGCUCCGGGCUGCCGGAAAUCUGGUCAUUGGAUGCCAACACAGAAGUGGAUUUCGAAGAUAUGGACAUGAGCCAAGGGAGUCAAGUGCCGAUCCCAGAGGAGUCCAAUGCGUUGCAGAGUUUCAUGCAAAACAACGACCUGCGCAGCGUGUGGAACUCCUUCUACAGCAGCACCCGUGACAUUUGGGAUCCGCCUGUUUCAGUGUGGAAGAUGCGCGGCAGCGCUUCUGCACAGCCCAAGAAGGUGGGCGAGGAGAGCAAGCGCUACGACUCCGCGAAAAGCCGCCCGGUUCGCACCAAAGCAGUUUCGGUGUCAGCCCAGGCAUUCUGUGUCUCAGAUUAUGCACCCCGAUUGCCCCAGACUCGCAGCACAAACAGCAGCGCCUUUGCAGCAUGGCAUGCUGAUAGGCUAGCAAGCAAGAGACGUGCAGACAGAUGCUCCGGCCUCAUCAAACAGGCCACCGCGGUGCCAAUCUCAUUGCCCCACCGCUUGCGCAACCAUGGCCCCGGCAGCACUGUAGAGGAGACGGAUUGCACUGGGGAUAGGAUUGUCAUGCUGGCGCAGAGGUCGGAUGUGCAAGCGGUCCGGCACAUAAGCAAGAAGCUUUACAAGACACUGGGGCGCACACCGGAGUUCAUGAAAUGGUGCUUGCUCGCACAGCGCUUGUACGACCCCAUUUCACUGGAGAGAGUCUUCGUCCCGUUCGUCCUCGAGAACCAAGCAUUCACCAAGAAGAACCUCACGCGUUUGCACAAGCACUUAGAAGCUGCCUGCGGAGAUUCCUUCUCCUUGGUGUCCAACCCUACUGGAUCGGCGGCGGCCUUUUCAGGGCCAACGACUCCUGACCUUUGGCAGGAGCAACUGGACAAGAAGUUCGUUUUUGAGGACUUCCUGGUGCAGUGCCGAAGUGACCAGAUUGCAGGCGGCACGAAGCCUUGGAAUUUCUUCAUGCUGACUUCAGAGGUGGUUGGGCAACUUGGCUAUUUCAUUGGGGUGAUUGACAAGUGGGCCCUAGAUGUUUGGGCUCCAAUGAUCCGCGAUGUGCUCCGGAAGAACAUGGUCCUCCGGCGACGGGAUGAGGACCCACUGUCCGAUGAUGCUUCCGCUGUGUUGUUCCCUGAUGCCGAGACCGCUGGAAUGUUGGCCUUCUUCCUGUGCAAAGGUACAACAAUGUCUUUCCCAGUGAAAGUGCUGUCCACGGUGGAGUUGCCCCCUGGCUUCACCUAUGUGGACUGUGCCACCUCGCCCGUGGACUAUUGGGCCUGCCAUGAGGCAAACGUGCCCAAAGCCAGCAUUGUUGAUGGCAAACUUGAAGUUCACAUUUGCUCCCUGUCCAUGAAGACGGGGGCAGAAGUGCUGGCUGCUCGCGAUGUUGCACCGAGGAAGCAAUUCCUUCAGGCCAUUGACCUUGAGAUUGCUGUCAAGUCUCAAGAGCUGUCAAGCCUCAACGCCCAGAGGAAGCGCUUGCAAGGGUCCGACGGAGACGGAGACGGAGAGCAUGAGCAGGAGGCGAAGAAGGCGAAGCAGGUGGGCUGCCGCUUGUACAGCUACGAUUUCAAAUCAUCCAACUCUAUACACCGCGCUGGACCGAUCCAUGGCGAUGCGCCGGCUUGCCUUGCAACUUUCCGCGCCUACAAGCCGUCCCCGCGUUGUCAACACAUCGGUACAGAAGAGGGCGAUGAAAAACGAGCUGCAGGAGCUCUAGAGCGAGUCCUUGUGGCAGACUGCUAUGGCCAAGUGAACAACUUUCGCAUGGCUCGGGAUCCAGCGGACCGCGAUUGGCUGGCGUUGAUGCCCAACGAAUUGCUCCCUUCGGAUCAUUUGCCCAUUGUGUGGGACUUCCAUUUGAACGUGGGGUCGCCUCGCUGGGAGCCCAUCGUCUUGGUGAGCUGUGCCGAGCAGCUCUUUACCCAAUUGAAAGCACAAGUUCUCCAAGACGAUCCUAGCCUCACAGACAUCGAGGAAUUCUUCAAGCCCCUCUAUCUUGGAGGUCUGCAGGCGCGGAAGAUGGACGAAAACCAAUCGGACGUGGCGUUUGAGGUCUUCAAUUUGCUGAAGAUGUUCUCCCACGAGGCGAAGGCGGUGCUCCACUACGAGGUCAGUGAGACCUAUUCGAAGCUCGAGAGCUUCCGGGAACGUAUGAUCAAAGCAACGGGCAGGCAUCAGUCCAAAGCAACCUAUGAGAGUUCUUUGGUCCAAGCCUUGCUGUUUUCUGCUGCAGCGAUUGUGGCGGCCGGCCCUUGGGUGGGUGCGCGUCUCUUCGGUGAGAUGAAGAGCACCAUCACCCUGGCCGCCAUGCGCUGUGUGCUGCGCACCCUGACGGCGGCGCCCUGCUUAGAUCCGAACUUCGUGGAGGUGAUGAGCGAGGGACAGCUGUGGGCCUUGCUAGCGCAGCUUUCGGCCAUCAUUAAUCCCAACUGUCCACACAUCGUCAAAGCCUUCGACCAAAACGGCAUGAUGACUCUGCAAGAGAUGGAUGCACUGCUGGGAGAGAUCGGAGAACAGCUGGCUUGCAGGCGCAGCCCUUCGGCCCCGGCGCUAUGCGUCUUGCGCUGCAUCAACUGGCGCAAGUGCGCCACGGGGACGCACGUGGCCGCCGCAGUGAAGAUGCUCAUGCAGGCCAUUGAAUCAGGAAAGAUCCCCUUCUUGGAGCAACAUAUCUUUAGCGCUGGAGAUCGCAUGGAGG